ACUCACUGCAACAGGCUGCGGAGCUUAAUAAUGCCAAACAAUCGAUUAUAGCAUUACGCCAAGUUUCAAAAUGCGGUUCCGAAAACCCUUUGCUGCUGCCUUCGUCCUCCUCAUCUUCAUCUCCGCUGCUGCCGGCUUCACACCGCCCGACUACACCAUUCCCACAUACAAGCAAUCCGACAAAGUACUGCACUUUAUAGCUUUCUUCCUUCUCACCCUCACGUUCUACUGGAUUCUUGAGACUUCGCGGCGCAAGGUCUUGCAGCUCACAUUUACUGUGUGCACGCUUGGUUUAGGAUGUGUUAGCGAAGUGGUGCAGGGACUACUGCCAAUUCAUCGCGACUUUGACUACUAUGACGUCCUUGCCAAUGUCCUUGGCUCAGUGAGCGCCCUUGCGCUUUGUAAUUGGUACCACAAACGCAUGUUGGAGCGCAAGCGUGCUGCACGCGGAUAUGGAGCUGUGCCGGGAGACGACGACUUGGAUGUUGAGCUUGGAGAGAACACUGAGGCACAGGAGACAGGCGUGGUUCGACCAACGGUGGACGAAGAGCUAGAGCGCUGGGACGAGAACGCGGAAGACUGGGAGACCACCGAGCCGGAGCCAGUCAAUGGCAAGAUGCAAGCCGAUGAUGGAGAUCUGGGCGAUGGGAAGAAGCGCAACGAUUGAGAACAUGUCAAGUACGAUGUCCACGAAAAGUUACGAA